UGCGUGGAGCCGCUGUGAGCCGACAGGAGGGAUGUGACCCCGGAACAGGACGCCCUCCUUCCAACAACACUCCAUUCAAACACAGAACACAAGAAAGAAAAGCUGGACCAGGAGGGAGCCACAGGAGCAGGGGGGAUGAACCGCGAGGAGGCCCCGGGAAAGUCUCCUGAAGACAUGUACAUCCAGCAGAAAGUGCGGGUCCUGCUCAUGCUUAAGAAAAUGGGGUCAAAUCUUACACCAAGUGAAGAGGCUUUUCUCCAGAAUUAUGCAGGUGUGGUCCACAGUCAGAUGAGCCAGCUGCCACAGCACAACAUUGAUCAGGGUGCAGAGGACGUAGUGAUGGCGUUCUCGCGGUCAGAGACCGAGGAUCGACGACAGUGACGACAAGACUAGCCCCAGCCAACCCCAGCAUAAUCAACAUAUACACAACACAGAUGAGCUCGAGAGUGGAGGAAUCGACCUGGAAGGGACAGACAGAGCUUUUCCGUCUGCUCCCCUCCCCCUUCCGAUUUAGAGGAGACGCACUCAAAGCUGAUCGCUGCGGGUCGAUUCCUUGAUCAUCCAUCAAGGCAGAUGAUGGCCGAAACGCUCAAAUUGUGUGGAUGCACAUCAAAUGCACCGUUUUUUUGUUUGUUUUUGUUUUUUGACGAUCGCGUGUUGGAUCAAGUGAGCAGCGGCAACGUGGUGACUGUGUCGUAUUUGAUCUGUGGGGCUUAUUUUAUAAACACCAGCUGCUCCUUUAAGUAAGUUGCGACAUAAAGUCACUGGAGCGUUCACUCAUCCACCAAUCAUCUCGUCACUCAACAGCAAACGCUGACCAUUCAUUGUUGUUUUUCUGCACCCAGGUAUAGAUUUGUGUUUUUGACCAUCACAGUUUUACCAUAGAACCAGUCAACACUAUGGAGGUGAUUCAGGUUUCGUCUAAGGCCAUGUUAAUAACUACCUCCGAGGUCAAAAAUAUCAAUGCCCACACAACAUGGAGUUUAUGAAAAAAACAACAACAACAACAACAAUCCCCUACACAUGAAAACACAUUUGUUCGCGCUCGACUGCAUGUUUGGCCAAUCAGAAGCUCCCGUUGGCCAUUGUGCAUGAUUUCAAAGAGGUGCAGGAAACAGCAUGAAUUAAUGUAUUUUUUAAUCAAACGUACAUGUCGAAAUGAAAUCGUCAUUAGACAUGUUCUAAUUAACUAAACUUUGAAAACAUGAGGUCAUGUCACACAUUGCAAAUGACGCAAGCCCAAACAGUUUUGGGAAAGCUCAAGAACAAAAAUGUUUAAAAAUAGCAAUUUACGUGUGCCCAUGCUCUCUCUAUUUGUUUAAUGCACACGUUCUAAAGUGAGCAGCUAGCUGGUGUGUGUGCGUGCAGACGUGUUCGUGUUCACAGCAGGCUCGCCAUUCAUCACUAGUGGCCAAUUAUUGGGGGUGGCAGGAUCAGUGUGAUUUAUGUGUGAAACAUUGCGUGGAAGGGGGUUUUCUUUUUAAACAAAGCCCCACUUUGAGCUUGUGCUGCUUUAUUUUUUUUUUAACAAUUAUGAACACGAAAAAAGGAAUGACACCAGGUGCACAUUCUCCCCAAAACAUGGUAGAAGUUGUUUUUAGGUUAUUGUGACAUAGGGGGAAAAAAACUUUAUUGUUCCUUUACUAGAGAAAACUGAUUGUGCCAUUUUUUUAUUAUUAUUAUUAUUCGCACAAUGAGAUUUUUUUUUCUUGAUUAAAAAAGAAGAGACGUAAUUUAUUGUUUCGUGAACUGAUCCUUGUUCCUCAAAUGCAUCGUUGCAGUGAUCAAAACUAUUUGGUCAUUUUUAACUACAAGGAACCAAAACAGCAGAAGUGUAUGUGCUAUUUGUGGUCGUACUGUUUCUUGCACUACUAUCAAAUGGGAUAUCGGCAAAAAUAACAUUUUGAUACACAGAUUCUGUUCCUUUUAAUUGUCUCGACCUAUUGAUCUUUUCCAAGCAGGGUGCUUUUCUAGUCACACACUCAGUGUUUGUGUUUGAGUACACUUUGUAUACAGUAACUUAAUGAUGUCAUCGUAACAUUUCAAAGCAUGUCUGCUGAGGAAAUUUGCCUCACCUUGACCGUUGUGUGCUUUUUAUUCCCUUCUUUUAUGUCCUCAGCAAUCAACAUUAACAGCCAACAGAUGGGACAUCUCCAACAAAGAAAUAUCUUUGUGUUUACUUUCAUUUUCUAUUGUUUGUCUAUGCAUAUUGUUUUUCUCUGAAGCUGUCUUACUGUACAUUUUGCUUGUCAGGGUUGUUUUUCAACCUUUAUAUUGUUGCGUGACUACAUGUGUGUGUAUGAGAGAAAGCACGCUGCUGUUUGGAUUUUUACUGUGAUGAUUUUGGGUUUUUUUUAGAAGGAGGGACUUUGUAUAUUAUUUCAAUCUCACUCAACAUUGAUUAGUUGGUGUUUGUUUUUUGUUUUGGCUGCUGACAAUGUCUUGACCUAAAGCUUCCAAACUUAUACCAACUGAACUAUUAAAGGCAUUUGAAACAG